AUGGUCGCUCUCAAGCUUUCGAGCGUACUUUCGCUCUUCGCAAUCGCCGCAACUUUUGUUCAGGCUCAGAAUUGCGGUGCGAGGUUCGGCUUCGCGCUCUGCCCUGAUGGUCUGUGCUGUAGCCAGUACGGCUCUUGCGGCUCGACGACCGAGUACUGCCUCACAUCGCUCAACUGCCAGUCGAACUGCAUCGACGAUGGACCUCCGCCGCCGCCGAAGGGCCCUGACCCUCCGCCUAUUGAUAUCAACUCGUACUGGCGCCCAGCGCCCGGCACGCUGGACAAAUUCAACAUGGUCGGUUACUGGUCGUCCUGGGCGCAGUACUACGGAGAGGACCCCGGCUCGCCCGCCUGCACAAAGGCCGACAUCCACCUCCCGGAGCUCAUCAACCCCUUCAUCUGGACGCACGUCAACUACGCCUUUGUCUUUAUCUCCAACACCAACUUUACCAUCAUCCCGCACGAGGUCGAUGACGAGGACCUCUCGCUGCGCAUGAACAGCUUCCUCAAGUCCAACAACCCCAACAUCAAGACCUCGGUCUCGCUUGGAGGAUGGACCUUCACUGAUGGGCCAGGUCGCUUCACGGGCGGAAUCGACUACUCACAGGUCUUUUCGCAGAUGGUGGCGACGUCGGGCAACCGCGCCACCUUUAUCCAGUCGUGCAUCGACUGGUGCCGCCGCCUCGGCUUUGACGGCAUCGACAUCGACUGGGAGUACGUCGGCGACACGUCCAGGGGCGGCACCACCCAGGACGGCGCCAACUUCCUCACCCUCCUGCAGGAGAUGCGCCAGGCCUUUUCCAACGAGGCGGCCGCCACGGGUCGAGAGAGCCUGAUGAUCACCAUCGCUGCCCCCGCCGAUCCCGACAAGUUCGCCCUGUUCGACGCGAGGGCGGCGCAGGACUACAUCGAUUGGUACAACCUGAUGUCGUACGACUUUUACGGCAACUGGGAGAACCAGGUUGAUACAACGGCGCCCGUCUACGACACCUUCAAGCCCAAGUGGAGCUUCGACUCGGCCAUCCACCUCUACCUCGACGCCGGCGUCGACCCCAAGAAGAUCAACGCAGGUCUGCCCGCCUACGGCAGGGUGUGGACGCUCGACAACGUCAACCAGAACACGCCCGGCUCCACCGGCGGUCCUGGAGUGGCGGGUCGUUGUACUGGCUUGUCUGGCUACAUGGGCUGGUUUGAGAUCCUCGAGAUCAUGAACAUGCAGGCCAGGACCGGCAUCUCGGCCACCAACGUCCACUCGGUCCCCAACGACGGCGCUUACAUGACGUUCGACGACCAAUGGAUCGGCUUCGAUGACGACUACUCGAUCGCCCAGAAAGUCUCUCUGAUCAAGUCCUAUGGCCUCCGAGGCGGCAUGAUCUGGGCCAUCGACCUGGACACCAAGGACUACAGCUACACGCGUUCGGUGCUCGAGGCGCAGAACUCGUGCCCUGCCAACGGCGAAUGGCGGCCAACGCCGGCCGGGCACACGGCCGAGCUGGACUGCGGAAGGACCGAAGGACCGGGUGUCACGUCAACGGCGAAGCAAAGGCGGGCGUGCCGGGACGACGGCAGCUGGGACGUUGUCGACAUGACCGAGUGCCGGGGCGCGCUCUCGUUCAACAUCCUCGCACAGCAGUGCAUCGGUAACUACUGA